AUGCAAUUUUUCCGAUCAGUGAAUUCAGUGGCGCCACUGGCGCUAUUCUGUUCCCGACUGUUCCUGAAACUCUUUUCAUUUUUAUUUAUUGUUCGAGUGCAUUUGUCCUCACUGCUCUACCGAAUUUUCCAUCUCGUCAUCCUCGACACGGCCUACUAUUUGGCAAGCCUCCUCGCCAUGAAUUCAACAUCAUCGCUCUUUUCCUCACCCGCGGAGACUUACUGGGGACAAUUCGAUGAAAUUACCAAGUACAAUGUCCAUCUUAACGUUUGGGAACGCUUGUGGGCAGCGUGGUAUGCCUAUCUACAGAAUGAUGUCCUCGCUACUGGUAUCAUGUCGUUCGUGAUGCACGAGAUCAUCUAUUUUGGCCGCUCAAUUCCAUGGGCAAUCAUAGACCGCAUUUCAUACUUCAACAAAUACAAGAUUCAAAAUCAAAAAAUUCCAACAGCACAAGAACAAUGGAGUUGCGCUAAACUGGUUCUGCUUUCUCAUUUCACUGUUGAGCUACCUCAAAUAUGGCUCUUCCACCCAAUGGCUCAGUAUGUCGGGCUUGCUACCGGCGUACCCUUCCCCUCUCUCCUCACAAUGCUGUACCAAAUCGCUGUGUUCUUUGUGUUGGAGGACACCUGGCAUUACUGGUCGCAUCGUGCGCUCCAUUGGGGCCCGCUCUACAAGAACAUCCAUAAGAUCCACCAUCAAUACUCGGCUCCUUUUGGCUUGGCAGCAGAAUACGCUUCGCCCAUCGAGGUUAUGAUCUUGGGUCUCGGCACUGUGGGCGCUCCGUUAUUGUGGUGUGCCAUAACCGGCGAACUUCAUAUCUUGACAAUGUACAUCUGGAUUGUGUGCCGACUGUUCCAAGCCAUCGAUGCGCACAGCGGAUACGAAUUCCCAUGGAGCUUACAUCACUUCCUACCAUUCUGGGCUGGCGCAGAGCAUCACGAUGUUCAUCACGAGAAAUUUAUCGGCAAUUAUUCGAGCAGCUUUAGAUGGUGGGAUUACAUAUUGGACACAGAGUCUGGGCCAGAGGCGGCCAAAAAGAGGAGAGAACGCCGGCUGGCGAAAGAAGGGAAAAAAAUACAAUGA